UUUCCUUUUUAUAGUUAGGCUCCUCCGUGUCCAACUGACGUUCUGCUCUGACAGACAAUGGCAGGGAUAAAUCUUUUGGUUACAAAGGAUGAAUUCAUCUGCUCUAUAUGCCUGGAGACUCUGAGAGACCCAGUGUCUAUCCCUUGUGGACAUAAUUUCUGUAUGAAAUGCAUUACUGAAUGCUGGGAUCAAAUGGGAGUGUGCAGAUGUCCACAGUGUAGAGAGACCUAUGCUCCGAGGCUUGUGUUGCGCAGAAACACCCUGCUGGCUGAAGUUGUGGAGAGAUUAACAAAUUCUGAUGUUGAUUUGAACGUGUCUCAGAAUGUAGCUGGACCAGGCGAUGUGCAGUGUGAUGUCUGCAGUGAAAAAAAAUGUACAGCUGUGAAGUCCUGUCUGACAUGUCUGGCCUCCUACUGUGAAAGUCACAUCCAGCCUCACUAUAUGAAUGCUGCUUGGAAGAAUCACAGGCUGCUUAACCCAACUGGAAAUCUUCCGCAGAAAAUCUGCAAAAAGCACCAUAAAGGUUUGAAAUUUUUUUGCGAAUCAGAAGAGACAUGCAUCUGUACGAUGUGUGUGGUCACAGGACAUAAAUGGCAUGCUAUGGUUGAGCUGGAGACAGUAAGAAAGAAGAAACAGGAUAUAUUAAAAGCAACACUGAGCAUAAUCCAGAAGAGACUUAAUAAAAAGAUGAAGAAACUGGAUGAGGCCAAAAAAUCUGUGGAUAGGAUAAAGAUUUCAACAGACCGAGAGGUGCAGAAAACCAAGAAAUGUUUUUUAGAUUUGAUUCACUGCAUUGAGAAGACCCAACAGAAGGUUGUGGAGCGUAUUGGAGAGCAAGAGAAGAUGGAAACCGAGAAGGCUAAACAAUUGAUUAAGCUACUGGAGAAAGAAGUUGACGAGCUGGAGAAAAGACAAGGGGAGCUGACUGAAUUUUCAGAGACAGAAGACCACAUCCACUUCCUCCAGAAUUUCUCAUCGCAAUGUGUCCCUCCUGGAGAAGGAGACUCACUCAGCAUCACAAUGACUAAAGAUUUCUCAUUUGAGAACAUGAGAAAAAAGCUCUACAAUCUGAAAGGGUAUCUGGAUAAGGUCAGCCAGUGGGAAGUGGAGCAAAUAACUCCAGCAGUGGGUGAAGCUGUUGCUUGUACCAUACCAUCUUCUGGCCCCGAAACAAGAGAAGAGUUUCUACAGUACACCUGUCAACUUACACUGGACCUCGACACAGCACACCCAAAAAUCUGUCUGUCUGAUGGGAACAGGAAAAUGACACUGAUGAAGGAUCCUCUGGCUUAUCCAGACCACCCCAGUAGGUUCAAUUGUUAUCAACAAGUUCUCUGCAAGGAGAGUCUGAGAGGUCCUCGCUGUUACUGCGAAGUGCAGUGGAAUGGGUGCGCUGUGUUAGGAGUCGCAAAUGAAAGAAUCAGCAGGAAAGGUUGGGGAGCUGAUUGCCGACUUGGAGGCAAUAACAAGUCCUGGAGUUUGUGCUGCUCUGCUUCAGGUUUCUAUGCAAGGUAUAAUAAUAUGGAGACUAAAGUCUCUGUCCCAUGUGAUUCCAGAAUUGGGGUGUUUCUGGACCGUACAUCUUCCUCUUUGUCAUUUUAUAGCAUCGGAGACAAAAUUACCCUAUUAUAUAAGUUCCAGUCCUCCUUUGAUGAGCCACUGUACAUGGGGUUUGGUCUUUUUCAUUCUCCUGGUUUCAGUGUAACAAUCUGCAAUCUCAGUCCAUCAACUUAGUGACAGCUAUCCUACCAUGAAUUCAUCAUUUUACUGUUGCUACACAGCUGUUUAACUUGUAUGUUUGACGGAAAUCUGAAAAAAAAUAUUUUGUGGGUAUCUCCAAGGGAACAGUAGGGGACAAUUCAUUAUGACAAGCCCGUCAUUGAAAAACACAGUUCCAAAUAACCAAGGGUAUUUCACAAAAUCACUCCACUUAUCGAUACUCCCAAUCACUCAUUCGUAAACUGGUC